CCGCUCAUCGCCCUUGACCCUAUCUCCUCCGCUCUCCUCCGUCGUCUCGGACAAAGCUACAGCUCGCAAGUCCCCCUCCCUUCCCCACACUCUGGUCCCCAACUCGACGCAUGUUGUUCAACGAUCUUCUAUCCCCUCCUCCAUCCCUCGUGGGAUAAAUGUGAGCUUUACGACCACCUCUACCAUCACUGCUGCUACCAUCACCGCGGGGGACUGCCGCGGGCGAUACUCGACGAUGGCAUUGGCCUUCCUCACUCUUCUCGCCUUGCUCCUCGCCCUCGCGUGGUUAACCCUCCCCGCCUCCGCCACCUCCGCCUCCUUUGUGGGCGUCAAUUACGGGCGUCUCGGCGACGACCUCCCUCCUCCCCAGGCCGUCCCCCGCCUCAUCACCUCCAUCGGCAUCGGCCGCGUCCGCAUCUACGACGCCGACCCCGCCGUUCUCCACGCCUUUGCUAACACCGGCAUCGAGCUCGUCGUCGGCCUCCCCGACAGCUGCCUUCCCGCGAUGGCCGCCGACCCCGACGAGGCUCUUGCCUGGGCCCGCGCUAACAUCCAGGCCUACCUCCCUGCUACCAAGAUCGUCGCCGUUACCGUCGGCAACGAGGUGCUCACCAAUGCCCACGAUACCGGCUUCGCCCUCGCCCGCUGCCUCGUCCCCGCCAUGGAGGCGCUCCACUCCGCCCUCGCCACCCUCGGCCUCGACGGCGUCGUCGCCGUGACCACCGCACACUCCCUGGCCGUGCUCGCCACGCCAUCCUACCCGCCCUCGGCCGCCGUGUUCCGCCGCGAACUCCUCCCCUACAUCUGCCCCCUCAUCGCCUUCCACGCCCGCACCGGCUCCCCGUUCUUCGCCAACGCGUACCCCUACUUCGCUUACCAGCGGGAUCCCUCCCAGAUAGCGCUCGAGUACGCCCUCCUCGACCCCAGCGCCGCCAGCAUCACCGACCCCGGGUCCGGCCUCCGCUACGCCAACUUGCUCCACGCGCAGGUCGACGCCGUCUACCACGCCAUUGCCGCGGCCGGUGGCGAUGCCGGGAAGCGGGUUGAGGUGAGGGUAUCGGAAACAGGGUGGCCGUCGGCAGGUGACCCGGACGAGAUCGGGGCCACGCCGGAGAACGCCGGCAAAUACAACAGUAACCUGAUCCGAUUGGUGUGCCAGAAGAAGGGUACGCCGCUGGUGCCCGGGACGCCCCUCCGGGCGUACAUCUUCGCUCUCUUCAAUGAGAACCAGAAGGAGGGGCCGAAAUCGGAGAGGAAUUACGGGCUCUUCAAGGCCGACGGCACACCCGCCUACCAUCUCGACAUCAAGAUGCCGCCGGAGGACGACACCACCUCGGGCGGAGGCAGCGAAAGCGGCGGAGGCGACGGAGGCUACGAGGGCGAGCCCGACGGCGCGUCCUCCUCGGGCUACUUCGGCAUCUCCUCCGCAGCGCAACAAUGGAGGACGAAGGCUUCAGUGGCGGCGGCGGCGGCGGUCGCAGCUAUUAUCUUGCAUCUGCCUUCUUUGGGUGGCUUUGACAGCUGAGACGUGGAAGAAAGCAACCAUUGUUUCAAUAAGCUUCGGUGGGAUCUGUAAUCGAUUUAGCUUAGGACAAUUGGCAUCAUCUUCCGUAGUCCAAUGUGUUGGAAAGAUGUUUGAUCCAAAGUCUUCAUCUUUUUCCUCUUUCAUUCUUUUAAUUGAUUCUAGUUUUUGUUUUCUCUCA